GGUUAUAUGUACUUCCUAGAUCAAAGUAAUGAAGGAAACGUAUUUGCCUGAAAUAAAUGAAAUGUACCAGAGAAUUGCUACCAAAUUAGAGCAGUAUGACUCUUGUCCGCAACAACCAAAGUCAGAACAUCUUGAAAAGCUGAAGGUAUUCAAGGUCAUGUUGGAGCGCAUGAUAUCAUUCUUACAGGUCUCUAAAAACAACAUCACACCUACUUUCAAGGAUAAAUUGGGUUUCUAUGAGAAGCAGAUUGUAGGUUUUCUAAACCCAAGCAGAUACAGGAAGCCUAUUCCUAAUCUACAGCAAGGACAACCUCCCCAACCUCAUAUUCAACCUAUGCAGCAACCCCAAUCUCAAGUUCCUCAAUUGCAGUCCCAUGAAAAUCAACUGAAUCCCCAGUUGCAAUCAAUGAAUAUGCAAGGUUCUGUACCAAAGAUGCAGCAGAACAAUAUGUCAAGCUUGCUGCAUAAUUCUCUUUCAACUUUAUCUGGGGAUUCAACGUCACAAUCAAACAUGAUCAAUCCAAUACAACCAGGCUCCAAUUUAGAUUCUGGACAAGGAAAUGCACUGAACUCAUUGCAGCAGACACCUGUAGGAUCUGUACAACAGGAUCUCAUGAGCAUUUCCCAAUCAACCAAUGUCAACACAAUGUCAACACAAAGAGGGGCAAGUUUGCUGCAGCCAAAUAUUCCCCUUCAGUCGAAUUCCAGUAUGAUUCAACACCAGCAUCUAAAACAGCAGCAUGAACAACAGAUGCUACAAACACAACAGCUUAAACGAUUGCAGCAACGCCAGAAUUUAAUGCAGAAUCAACAGAUGCAGCAGCAGCAGCAGCAAUUACACCAGCAAGCUCCAUCUCCUAUGCCUGGAGAUUCUGACAAACCAGUUUCUGGUAUUUCCUCACUCUUAAAUACUGGAAAUAUUGUACACCAACCAUUUGUUGCACAAGCACUGGCUCCAUCCCUUGCAAUUGGCGCUCCUGGGAUAUCUGCAUCACCUUUGCUUGCAGAGUUUACCAGUCCUGAUGGUGUUCAUGGCGGUGCUUUGACAACUGUUUCUGGCAAGUCAAAUGUUACAGAGCAACCACUUGAGUGCUUGAUUAAAGCGGUGAAAUCUCUGUCUCCCAAAGCACUUAGUGCAUCUGUCGGUGACAUUGGCUCCGUUGUCAGUAUGAUUGACAGAAUUACUGGUUCUGCAGCUGGUAAUGGAUCUAAAGCUGCAGCUGGUGAGGAUUUGGUAGCAAUGACAGGAUGUCAUCUUCUUUCGUUUUUGUCUUUUUUAUUUUUCACGUGUUUCUCACAAGAUGGGAACUCGAGGGAAUAAAAAGUGCUGGGAAGUAAUUUUUGUUGGAACGUCUUGUGUAACAUCUUCUUUCGAUGAUGACCUCUUGGAUGGCUGCAUGAAGCUUGUUCCGCUUUAAAUUUCAAGGUUAAUCUAUUGCUAUGAGCACUGGUGUUUCAAUUUGAAACUUGAGUUGCAACUGAACUUAAAUGAAUAGUGUUGGAUUUGGGGCCUUCUA